AUGGACCCGUGGCGGGGAGCGGCGCUGAGCGCGGCGGCCUCUGGCCUUGGCCGCAGGCGGACCAGCGCGUGUGCGAAGGCGCGGUGCUGCAGAAAGACAUUCAGGGAAAGAGGAAGAGAUGGCAGUUUCUUGGAAAAGAUACAAGAACAUUCCACCAAAGGGCAGCAUAUUUUGCAUGGGAGUAUACAAAGUAAUACAACAGUAAAAAUCUCUGAGGGCAAAGAUAGUCAUAAUGCUAGACUAUCUCAAGAAUGUGAAGUAUACAACAAAUUAUUCACUUAUCCUAUUCAUCUUCAAAAACAUGAAAGAACUCACAGUGGAGAGAAACCCUAUGAAUGUAAACUAUGUAGUAAAACAUUCAGUUGUUCCAGUCAUCUUUGGGCACAUGAAAGAACUCACAGUGGAGAGAAACCCUAUGAAUGUAAACAAUGUACUAAAACAUUCAGUCAAGCUGGUCAUCUUCGGGCACAUGAAAGAACUCACAGUGGGGAGAAACGCUAUGAAUGUAAACUAUGUAUUAAAACAUUCAGUUGUUCCAGUAGUCUUCUGGCACAUGAAAGAAUUCACAGUGGAGAGAAGCCCUAUGAAUGUAAACUAUGUAGUAAAACAUUCCGUUGUUCCAGUAAUCUUCGGUCACAUGAAAGAAUUCACAGUGGAGAGAAGCCCUAUGAAUGUAAACAGUGUAGUAAAACAUUCAGUUGUUCCAGUAAUCUUCAGAGACAUGAAAGAAUUCACAGUGGAGAGAAACCCUAUGAAUGUAAACAGUGUAGUAAAACAUUCAGUUGUUCCAGUCUUCUUCGGUCACAUGAAAGACUUCAUAGUGGAGAGAAACUAUAUGAAUGUAAACAGUGUAGUAAAACAUUCAUGCAAUCCAGUAGUCUUCGAACACAUGAAAGAAUUCACAGUGGAGAGAAACCCUAUGAAUGCAAACAGUGUAGUAAAAGAUUCAGUGAUUCCAGUAGUUUUCGGGUACAUGAAAGAAUUCACAGCGGAGAGAAACCCUAUGAAUGUAAACAGUGUAGUAAAACAUUCCGGAAAUCCGGUGGUCUUCAGCAACAUGAAAGAAUUCACAGUGGAGAGAAACCCUAUGAAUGUAAACAGUGUAGUAAAACAUUCCGUUGUUCCAGUAAUCUUCGGUCACAUGAAAGAAUUCACAGUGGAGAGAAGCCCUAUGAAUGUAAACUAUGUAGUAAAAUAUUUAGGCGAUCCAGUCAUCUUCAGAGUCAUGAACAAACUCACAGUGGAGGGAAACCCUAUGAAUGUAAACAAUGUAGUAAAACAUUCAAUCAUUCCAGUAGUCUUCAGAGACAUGUAAGAAUUCACAGUGGUGAGAAACCCUAUGAAUGUUAACAGUGUAGUAAAACAUUCAGUUGUUUCAGUCAUCUUCGGUCACAUGAAAGAGUUCACAGUGGAAGUGCAGAAGAUAGAUAGCAUAAUGGUUAUGCACACAGACUCUCAUACCUGAGGCUACAAAGUCCCAGGUUCAAUCCCCUGCACCACCAUAUGCCAGAGCUGAGCAGUGCUCUGGUUAAAAAAAAAAAACAAGUUCACAGAAUUCAUUCACAGUGGAGAGAAAUACUGUGAAUGUAAAGAAUGUAGUAAAGCAUUCAUUUCAUCCAGUUAUCUUCAGACACAUGAAAGAAUUCACAGUGUAUAGAAACAGUAUGAAUGUAAAGAAUGUAGUAAAGUAUUCAUGGUUUCUAGGUUUCUUCAGUUACAUGAAAGAAAUCAGUUGAGAGAAAGAAACCUCAUGAAUGUAACCAUGUAGUCUUAACAUUCAUUUAAGCCAGUUUUCUUAGAUUUGAAAGAUCUCACAGUGGAAAGAAACCCAGUGGGUGUAAACAGCAAAAUACUGGUUCAAGUCUGUCAUCUUUGUCAUUAUGAAAUAACUCACAAUGGAGAGAAAUUUGAUGAAUAUAAGCAGUGUUGAAAACAUUCUAUUAUUCUGCUCUUUGUAAACAUGAAAGAAUUCACAGUAACGCAAAACCCCAUGAA